GUCAAGGCACACACACACACACACACACACACGCCGAGAGAGGCAGGCAGAGACCCAAGGCUUGCGGCCAGGCGAGCCAUUCCCUGGGAGGAGGAGGAGGAGGAGGAGGAGGAGGAGGAGGAGAGCGCCUAUGGAUGGCUGGGCUGGCACCAGGAGCGCCGGGGCGCAGCAAGGAAGGCACGCAGCCCUGCAGCUGGAAGGCAGGAGGAUGCAUUGGGCACCCGUCCAGUGCCCGCGGCGCAAAUGAGCCUUGAGCCUGCCUUUUCUCCCUGGCUGCCUCGGCUCGCUUUUGGUCGCAUUUUGGGGGAUCCUAACUCUCCUCUCCUUGGCGAGGACUGAGCGGCUAGCUUCUCCUGGCCUGCUGGGCUGCAGCCCCUUCUUUUCCUCUUCCCUUCCUUCCUCCCUUCCCCGCCCGGCGGAGUCCUCUUUGCAGCAUCCUUCUUUCUUCCUUCUCCCAGGAUGGCGGAGGCUGAACUGCACAAGGAAAGGCUGCAAGCCAUUGCAGAAAAAAGGAAGAGGCAGACGGAAAUAGAAGGGAAGAGGCAACAGCUCGAGGACCAGAUCCUUCAGCUGCAGCAUUUCAAGUCCAAAGCACUUCGUGAAAAAUGGUUGAUGCAAGGGAUCCCUGCCAGUUCUCCAGCAGAAGAAGAAGCAAGAAAGAGGCAGUCCGAAGAGGAUGAGCUGAAGGUGAAAAAGCUUGAAAGCAACAUCCAUAGGUUAGAACAAGAAAUAGGAAAGCUAGAAAGCGAAGAAUCCCAAAUAUCGGCCAAAGAGCAAGUCAUCUUGGAAAAACUAAAGGAGACAGAGAAAUCCUUUGAGGACUUGCAAAAGAGUUUCUCACACCAAGAUGGGGAUGCAGUAAAUUACAUAUACUCCCAGAUCCCCGAACUCACAGCCCUCUAUUCGCGAGCAGCAGAGUCAGUUUCUGGGAAAGACAGGACAAGCAGGGUUACUGCUUUGUACAGCAUGGAAAUUAAUGUGGAGAAAGACAAACAGACAGGGGAGACCAAGAUCCUCUCUACAUGCCCCAUUGGCCUAGAGGCUGCCCAUCAAAGAGGAAUCAAGGUCUAUGAUGAUGGUACCAAAGUAGUCUAUGAGAUGCACUCUGGAGGCACAGUAGUAGAAAACGGAGUGCAUAAGUUAAGCUCAAAGGAUGUAGAUGAACUUAUUCAGAAGGCUGGACAAUCAAGCAUGAAAGGAGGGACUGUAUCAAUAGUGGAUGGGACCCUCAGCCACACAAAGGAACAGAUACUCUUCAAGGAGGCAAAACUUGAGAUGGUGCACAAACCCAGCAAAAGGCAUUCCGCGAACCCUCGACACCAAGCAAAACUCACUGGGGAUGAAGUCCCCACAGCCAGUGUGGAUCACCCAGUAACAAUGAUAUUUAUGGGUUACCAAAAUAUUGAGGAUGAAGAUGAGACAAAAAAGGUGCUGGGCUAUGAUGAGACAAUCAAGGCCGAACUGGUCCUCAUUGACGAAGAUGAUGAGAAAUCGUUACGGGAGAAGACGGUGACCGACGUCUCCACCAUGGAUGGGAACGCUGCUGAGUUGGUUUCUGGGAGGCCCUUGUCGGACACAACAGAACCCUCCUCGCCAGAGGGGAAAGAAGAAAGCCUCCCCAUGGAAAAGCUUCCAGAAGCAACAGAAUAUGAGGCUCUAAAUGAAAGCCAGAAAGUAGAAGACAUAACUGUGAAGUCUAGACGCUCUGAGGAUGACAUCAGGUUGAGAAAAGAGCGAGACCAUUAUUGUGCCAAUUUCCUAGAGCCUGCUGGUGUUCGUUCAACAAAGGAAGAGAACAUGGAAAUUGAAGCCCUUGCCUCAGAACAUAAAAGCAUCACAGUGGGGACUUCAGCGCAUGCAGCAGACAGUCAAACACACUUCUUUUCUCCUGCUGCCAGUCACAAUGGACUUAGAGACAGACACGAAUCCUUAGAUAGUGAAGUUGCUAAAGAGAUCCGAUACCUUGAUGAGGUGCUUGAAGCAAACUGUUGUGAUUCUGCUACUGAUAACCCCUUUAAUGGAAUGAUGUCCUCCUCUCCUGAGCCAAGUUCAUCUGUUGUUAUGGAAGGCUCCAGUCCAUCAAUUCAUGUUACAAAUGAUUCCACAGCACUCAACAAAAGUGACCUCAUUGUAUUUGGCAGACAAGUCACUGAGCACAGUGAAAUGAAUGUAGUAUCUGGGAAGCUAAAACCAAAUGGCCAUUCUGUGGGUGUAUUACAAGAAGAACAUUGCGACAACCUGAAAGUGCCAGUAAGUCCAUGCUCUUCCACAAGCUCAAGAUCUUCCAAAGAUGGAGAUCCUGUAUUAUCUACUAUUAAGAAAGAAGCUAAGUUUGAACUUAGAGCGUUCCAUGAAGAGAAAAAGCCAUCCAAGCUCUUUGAGGAGGAGGAUCCAAAAGAGAAUUACCGAGUGCGUAAAAUGAGGCCCUCUGAAGAAAUGAUAGAGCUGGAAAAAGAGAGGCGGGAGCUCAUUCGAAGUCAGGCUGUAAAGAAGAAUCCAGGCAUUGCAACAAAGUGGUGGAACCCACCUCAAGAGAAAACCCUGGAGGAACAGCUAGAUGAGGAACAUUUAGAGUCUCACAAAAAAUAUAAGGAACGCAAAGAGAAGCAGCAGCAGCAACCAUCAAUGCCUGUGAAACAUGUCACAUAUUCCUUUGCACCGCCUGAUCCAGUUAACAUUAAGAAGGAUGAUGUUGUCACAGAGCAGAUAGAUUUUUCAGCAGCACGGAAGCAGUUUCAAUUAAUGGAAAAUUCUGGCCAACCAAACAACACAACUGCACCCAAGAGAUCAGGGACCCCCAAAAUGUUCACAGUCCAACCCUUCUACAAACCAAUAGGGCCAUCUCAAAUGGACCGGCGAUCGGUGUCAGUAACCAAACCAGUGUCUCUGUAUGGACAAAUUACAGAGGCUGGCAAUAAUGAUGUAACAAUUGUAAAGGCUGAAAAGGUUUCUUGCUUCUCAGAUGACAAUAGCGUUGAGAAUAUCUCUGGCAACCCAGAGCGAGUGUCUCCGUACAUUGAUCCUCCAAAGACUAGCCAGACCACAAAAAUAUGGUCAGAAGAUAGUGAAUUCACAAGUGCAAAAGCAGUGUUUACAGUUGUGAGAGAUGAUGAACAGGGUAUAUUAGAGCAGUUCUCAAGGUCAGUGAAUGUGUCCUCUCCGCCUGAAGAACUAGACUCUGGCUUAGAUGAAUUAUCUGUGAGAUCUCAGGAUACAACUGUUUUGGAAACACUCUCCAAUGACUUCAGUAUGGAUAAUAUCAGUGAUAGUGGUGCCUCCAAUGAAACAAUGAAUGCCCUUCAAGAAAAUUCACUUGCUGAUUUCUCUUUGCCUCAGACACCACAAGCUAACACACCUUCUGAAUGUCAAGGAGAAGGUGUCUCAAAGUCACUCAGUGACCAUGGUUUUUAUUCUCCUACCGACUCCAUGCUCAUAGAUGAGCAGCUUGAACACCAGGCUGGUCUACUGGUUCAAAAUGCCAUUCAACAAGCCAUAGCUGAGCAGGCUGGCACAAUAAGCACCAAGCAUGUGAAAGACACCACAGAUGAAAGAAACUUUCAGAUCAAGGAGGAUACAAACAAGACACUGUGUUCAGAAAAACAGCUCCAUUCAGCAUUUCAACCACCUCAGGUGUCAUCUCCUGUACAAGAAAAACGAGAUGCUGCACCAAAGUCUCCAGCAGUCCAAGACUCUGCACUCAGGGAAAGGCAAACCUUUCAGCCGCCUCUUAUUGCCCAUGCCACCAAAUCAGUCACUGUGGAGGAAACAAAGCCAGAAGUCAGCUAUUUCAGCAAAUAUUCAGAAGCAGCUGAGCUUAGGAGCACGGCUUCCAUUCUGGCUAUGCAAGAAGCCGAAGUGACCGUAGGGCCUUUCAAACUAAGGUCAAAAAAGCAGAGGACUUUGUCCAUGAUAGAAGAAGAGAUUCGUGCAGCCCAAGAAAGAGAAGAGGAACUGAAAAGGCAGCGGCAGGGCAUGCAGCUAGCACGUAGCCCUGUUGCAAAGAAUGUACCUUCACUACCCACCAGAACUGUGUCUUACAAAACUGCACCAGGUAAAAUAGAGAAGAUCAAGCCACCUCCAUCCCCAACCGCUGAAGGCCCCCCCUCGCAUUUGGACUCAGCAUCAGAUGAAUCUGGAGGAUCCCAAAGGCCCAAGAAUCUGAUGCAGACUCUUUUGGACGAUUUCGAAACUCACAAAACCAAGAGGCGGGAUAAAAUGGAUGAGAGCAGUUACACCGCUAAAUUACUGUGUAACAAGGUUACUUCUGAGGUCCUUGAAGCAACUCGAGUCAACCGCAGGAAAAGUGCCCUGGCGCUGCGGUGGGAAGCUGGCAUUUAUGCCAACCGAGAGGAAAAUGAAUAGCAAUCUUGAUAAAAUGAGAGAGCUCUUUUUAAAAAAAAUAAUUGCAGAGACUUAGAAACCAAAUAGGAAAAGAAUGUUUUAAAUUUUUAAAAGCUACAUCAUUUUAAUCUGAUAUUUAUUACCACUCUACCGGUCUCUGCAAUUUAUGUUCAAGACAGGAACAGUCCAUAUAUAAUGUAUGUAUCCAUAUGUAUACACGCACAAACACACCGAACAGUUAUGCUCAAAAAAGCAUCUGCUUAACCCCCUCCAAAAAAAACAAAAACCCUGAAUAAGAAGAGUAGCUCUUUAGAGCUGAUGUUACCACUAGAGAUCAGAAAUUGCAACAGCCAUAAUGCAAAAGGACAACACAUUUUGGAAUGAGAAGAGUUGACACCGUAUCUUCUUCACAGCCUUGUAUUUGGAACAAAGGGUGUUCAACGUAUGGACCAUUAUAUCAGAAGAGGACGCCUCAUGCGGAAAUACACAUCGGUUCAAGCAUUGUUUAAACUCAAACCACAGCUCUUCAUCCCAUUUGUGAUGUUUUCAGAGGAGGGCUAUUAUUCUGUUAUCUCCUAGAUAGCCAUAGCAUAUCAAGAUAGAUCUGUAUAUAUUUGCUGUUCUUUAAAAAUUAGGGGGGAACUUUUGAAGUCAGUUUAGCUGACUGAAAAAGCAAGCAAAAAAGAGGCUAUUAAUUUGCAAGUGUGAAUGUAUAAUCCAUAUAUUUAGCCAUAAAAUGCAUUUGUCCUAUUCUUUUGAAGGAUGACAAUAGGAUGGGCAGUUGACAGACUGUUCCUCUUUCUUCUUAACUUAUCACAGGCAAAAAAAGUUGGAAAUUUGCCAUCACGUAUUUACGUAAUCAGUAUGCUAACUACAGAUUUAUUUUCAGUAUUUGCUGCACAAAUCAGUAGGUAGGUUAGAAGAGGUAGAAAGAAAUGCCAAAUCAGGAUGUCUUAGUUUUAGUGGUCCGCUUGCAGGUAUCAUUUGAGCGCUUUUUUCUGGGUGUAUAUUUGCAUUGCCAUCUAUGUUUAAUGGACAGCAGUUGCUACCAUGGUGCAGCCGGGGAGACACAAUAAAACUGAGUUAGAAAGGUAAGGGCAGAAUCCAGGGAUCUGAGUAUUCUCUUCCAAGGCAAUAAUUGACCCUCAGAUCAGAUUAAUCGAGAGAGGGACUUGAAAGACAAAUAGUUAUAUCUUGAAUUAUAUUUAUGCUACAUAUUAAAGUCUUCUUGAUAAUAGAGCUGGGAGGGGGGUGUUUUGUGUUACUGGGAAAUGAAAAGUUGGAGAAGGUAACAGAGCGACAGAAGAAUCAAAAGAAGGGCCAAAGGAUUAUUUUUGCUGUUCCAACAGUGUUUUCAGAGCUAAAGGAUUAUAUAGGAGUUGUAGUUGAAAUGUAGGCUGAGAAUCCAUGACAAAGGAAUAUACUGUGUGUGUGUGUGUGUGGUUGUGUGUGUGUGUAUGGAGCCGGAAUAUUAGGAUGGUGAAGAUAUGUGGUUGUACAGAUUAUUUUCUCCAAAGCUGUUUGCCAGCUCUAGGGGUAUAAACAUUUCUUUUUGUAUUAAAAGGGAUAUAAAAAGGCACUAAACUGAUGCAGUAUUUGUAAUAACAAAGCUGACCUGACAUUGUAUUCGCAUGAAUUAACAUUUCAGAAAGUAUUGGACGGUUUUGUAAUCUGGCAUUUAGAAAAAAAGAAAUGUGAUAUUUAUUCUUGUGCUUUCUAGUAUUAGAGGCUGCCAAUUUAUUGUUCCUCUGUUCAGGGAAUGUGGUAGAAAAUGUAGUGAUGGAAACUCAUAAUUUUUAGAAUAGAAUCUGACACAUUUGGUGGGAUACUUGGUGGGAAAUGGUACAUGCAUAUUUGAAAUAAAUAAGGACUUCUGGCUAUUUUUUUAAAGGGAGGUUAAAAAAAUAGUGACCCAUUAUAUAUAUUUUUCCUUUUAUUUCAUAUUAUUCUGUGUUUCAUAUUAUGAGUGGGAUGUUGUGUUCUGAUAUUUUAAUUAGACAGAGAAGAAGUUUGCAAGUUUCAAUAAGCUGAAUCCUCCCAAUCGUUGUGUAUAUACAUAUACAGUGGUAUAAUGACCCCACCAGCCUUGCUCUUUUCCAUAUUCUGUAUGGAAAAAUAAAAUAGAAAUGUGUGGAUACAAAUAGCCUUACUGCUUAUAUAGCAUUGCCUGUGGUGGGUUUUGAUCAAGUUCCUGAGCCACAGUUUUACAUGUUAUACAGAGCUUCUGUUGCCGGCAGUAGAGAACCCAACAUAAUACCUUCAUGUUGUACCAUUAUUCUUUUCUUUGCCGCAACUGGCAUUAGGAGAUUUCUGCUAAACAUGCAUGGACUACACUGCUGGAACACAAGCGAAAUGAAGUCCAGGCAUGGUAAAUCCUAUAAUCCUACUAUCCCAUUGGAAAAAAAUACGUUACAUUAAAGAUAUUUAAAGAUGUAUACUCUCUUCUCACUAUAUUUUAGUAAAAGAUUUGGGUGCAAUCCAGCCAAAGUUAAACACUUCUAUCAAUUUCCAUAGAAAUGUAUUUUUAAUUGUCUGUUGUUGAAAUCAGCAAGAUUUGAAACUGCUUACAUGUCUCUCGGUUGUGUGUAAGGAAUGUUCAGUCUCAAUGGGAAAGAAGAAAAAUAAAUAGAUGGAGAAAGGUGGAAGACACAGGCUGCUUCAAAAUAGUCAAUUAAUCCAGAGCAGAAUGUAGAUUUAUGAAACCCAGUUUGCUCCGUAGUGCCUACACAGGGACCAAAAGAAUAGGCUGGAAGAUGCAAGAGAAUCCACAUUCUGCUUCAGAUUAAUUGGCUCAAUCAAAACCCAGGAUUUUUUUCUUACCUUCUAGCAGAGAUCUGCUUAUAUAUACAGCCUUCUAGCACUUGCAUCACAGCAAAGCAAGACACUGAAAUCAAGCAUUUUCAUGGGAACGCUUCAUUGCUGGGGGAAUCAUUUGCUUAUCUUCCAGUUGGGCUGUAGAGCUACUUUUUCACUCUGACUGCUUUCUUACUUCUGUUUACAUUACCACUCCACACUUUGCGUUGCUUAUACACAGAAGGAAUUCAGGGGGUAUUAUGGCUUGAUCUGGGAUUUAGGGUGAGUUUUUUAUCAUACUGUUUCUGGCUGGAUUUGCUUAAAACAGUGGUUUUCAACCUGUUCUACUCCUUCAACUCCUAGAAAUCCUGGCCUAACAACUAGUAAACUGGCUGGGAUUUCUGGGAGUUGUAGGCCAAAACACCUGGAGACCCACAGGUUGAGAACCACUGGCUUAGAAGCUUGCAUUGGGAAGGUGGGAGUUUUGUAGACACUGACCUUGAGCUGGCUUCAAGCUGGAUGUUGGUGCCUGUGUAGGUGGGACCACACAGCAACUCAAAGAAUGGCAGAGUUGUGAAGAUCUUGGUAAGCAAAAGCUCGUUUUUCUUUCCAAUGGAUUUGUUCCGCUAUUAGUAAAAAUUGCCUGUACAAUCAAUUUAGGGUAUUGUUCUUAAACUGAAGACCACUGGGGUCUUCUAAACAAAGUGAAAGCGUCUCAGAAUUACAAAGAAGCAGUAAGAUUCUGUGCUGAAAAUACUGUUCAAAUUAAGCUAGCAUUCUUAAAAAUAAAGCAUGGCUGUGGUGAAUUAACAGCUAAUAUUCUGUGCAACCCUUACUGCAAAAUGAUGGUUUUAUCAUGGCGAAAAAUAAAACCAAAGAUGAUACAUUUGCUUGGAAAUGGAUGUUUUCUUUCCUUUUUCCUAGGUUGUAGUCAACUAAACAUGAAAAAAAAGAGUUGUUAAGGAAAUUCCCCUUUUUCUAAAAGCAAAAACAAUAAAAAUGAUUUCCAAAUUA